GUUUCACCGGAAAAAGCGAAAUGAUUACUUCCUGUUCAACAUUGCUUUCAAAUAAUGAAGCUCAUUUGUUCAGACUUCAACAGCCCCUUUUUUGUGUUAAACUGUGACGACUGAACAAACUUUGAUCAACAUCUCAUCAUCUCAUCAUGAUGCGCUACUGGGGUGAGAUUCCUGGACCUGCAGGAGCUCCUCCCAAUCGCAGCUCCUUUGAUUUGCUCCAGCGCGAGUUUCGAUCAGUGGAGAUGCAGGAUCCUCCUCUGCAUCAGCCAUCAGCCCAGCGACCACGCCCAACCACGAUGCUGGACAUCCCGUCUGAGCCUUGCAGUCUCACCAUUCACACGGUGCAGCUGUGCCAGCACGUCCGCCGCCUCCGUGCCCUUUUGGCGGCUGCUCAGGGUCAGAGCUCGACGUCCGGCGAAGUUGGCGGACGGCUAGAGGAUGUUGAUACACAUCUGCCCUUGCGGCCUCCCACACCACCUGCCAUGCCCGAUGACUUGCUGCCACUUGACAGCAAAGCUCCCUGGCAGCCCUUCCAGCUCCGCCACAGUGACCCUGAAAGUGACUUCUAUAAGGGAAAAGGCGAGCCAGUCACAGAGCUGAGUUGGCCCUCCUGCAGACAGCUCCUCUAUCAGUCAGUUGCCACCAUCUUGGCUCAUGCCGGCUUCGAGACAGCCCAUGAGAGCGUGCUAGAAACGCUGACUGACCUGGUUCAUGAGCACUAUCUGCGCCUAACCCGCCUCCUGCGUGUAGCGGUAGACAGGGAGGCCCGGCUGGGUUCCAGUCCCUUUCCUGAUGUGAUGGAGCAGGUGUUUCAUGAGGUGGGGAUUGGCAGUGUGCUGGCCCUGCAGCGCUUCUGGCAAGUACGCAUCAAGGAUUACCACAGCUACAUGUUACAGGUCAGUAAUGACCUGUCAGAAGAAUAUGAGAGGCUGGUGAAUCCAGAAAAGGCUUUGGAGGACUCCAAGCCCCCCAGGAUCAAGGAAGAGCCCAUGAGUGAUAUUUCCUUUCCAGUUAGCGAGGAACCCGAGGCUGACUUAGCCUCUGGGGAUCAGGCUUUGCCCAUGGGGGUCCUUGGGACUCACAGUGAGAGGCUGUCCUCAGGCAUGGAUGGUGACCAUUCGCCUCACACCUCAGGUGGCGGUGUGGCCAACAGCUCCCCAUUGUGGCCACAGGUAAAAAUGGAGCCACAGGAUGGUGAUGACAGCCAGAGUGCCGCACAUCACCACCAUCAUCCUCAUCACCACCACCACCACAGCGUUCUGGGUGGCGAUGUGUUUGAAGAGGGGGGGCCCAUGUCCACCAUGAGCGAGUCAGGAGGUGCAAUGGCGCCCUCUCCGGCAGGUUCGGCAUCAGAUGGCACGUACGCCUCUCAUUCGCCGGACUCCCUGAUGAGCACAUCACCCGUCUUUAACCAGAGACCCAAGAAGCGAGCAAAGAAGAUGUGAGGUUGCGUUGGAUGUUGAUGGAGACAGUGGAAAAUACAAACAGCAUUUGUGUUGUUGUGGAAUAUACAGUCGUUUUUCUUAUAAACUCACUUCAUUAAAUA